AUGAGCAAUGGUAGUCUGUCGGACUCCAAUGCUACUGAGCAUUUUCAUCGCCGUCAACGAGUUUCCGCUGCUGCGGGGAGCGAGAACAACAUCGACAACAUCGCAAUCGAGAAAUUGAAUCUUAAAAUCGGUCACGGCACAGAUAGACCCGCAUCUCGCUCCUCGCGGCAAUAUCAAACCCUCCAUGGGAAAGGGCAACCGGGCUCGAAGGCAAGAGCUUUCAGUGGCAGUCCAGAGACCAGUAGUCCCAAGGUAGGCAGGUUCAACGCGAGGCAGGAGUUUGGGGAGUCGCGACGAAAGCGCUCUCCCGAUGCCGUUUCGCAGCCCUCCUCACGUGCUGCCUGUCUAGAACCUUCAGCCUUGCCUGUGGACAGUGAGUCAGAUAGGAGAUGGGCUCAGUGUGACGAUGGCCAGCCUGAGGCUCCUACAGACCCGGAAAUCAGCAGCCUCAGAGUCGGCAGCCUGAAUUUGAGCGACAAGUUACGGCAGUCUCAACCAAGUUCUACAUCACAUAAACGGUGUGCCGACGUCCCUCCACAGCAUCCAAAACGGUCCCGCCAUCAGGAACCUCCACCCCAGCCUGUCAAGAGUGACCUAGGCGCUCGAUGGGAGCUUCCAACCGUCGAACGCCGUCGCGUCAUGGAGGACCGGGCAAUGGCACAGGAGAGCGACGUUCCUGAAGACGAUGCCUCGAUGGUGCUUGAGCCACAAACGCGACCGAUCACUCAAGAGCAGCUGAUCAACGAAGUGAAAGGCAUAUAUGCUGGGCUCGUUAUGGUUGAGAAGAAAUGUGUGGAAAUUACACAACAACGAGCCAGGUCCGCCAACAAGCUCUCUGAUGACCAGUGGCAGGCCUUGAUAGCGCUUCACAGGACGUUACUACACGAACACCAUGACUUUUUCCUGGCAUCACAGCACCCAACGGCAUCACCCGCUUUGAAGCGUCUUGCAAAUAAGUACGCGAUGCCGGCUCGGAUGUGGCGCCACGGGAUUCAUUCAUUCCUGGAACUGCUGCGCCAACAACUUCCGGACUCUUUAGAUCACAUGCUCACCUUUGUGUACAUUGCGUACUCAAUGAUGGCUUUAUUGAAGGAGUCCGUUCCUAGCUUUCUUGAGACCUGGAUUGAGUGUCUAGGCGAUCUUGCCCGUUAUCGUAUGGCGAUCGAAGACAGCGAUCUUAGGGAUCGGGAGAUCUGGUCGAAUGUCGCUCGGACCUGGUACAAUCAAGCCGCGGACAAGAGCCCAAACGUCGGCAGGAUCCAACAUCAUCUGGCAGUCCUGGCAAGGCCGAACAUUGUCCAGCAGCUCUUCUUCUACUCGAAGGCUUUGGUGAGCGUUGUACCUUUUGUGAAUGCUCGAGAUAGUAUUAUGCUGCUCUUCACGCCAUUACUCGAAAGAGAACCAUCGGACGACAAGCGAUACGAAAUCGCUGAGGCCAGUCUCGUCACCGCAUUUGGCUACCUGUUUACCCGAGGUUCACUGGACCUUCAUCAACAACAGGCACAGAUCUUCGUUUCAUCCCUUGAUGGCCACAUACAGAAGGAGAAAUCGAAAUGGAAAAUCCAGGGGCCGGAGGUUGCGGCAUCCCUAGCAGCUGGUAUCCUCGACUUCGGCAAGGACGAUGGUCUUAUAUGGGCAAUGUACCAGGACUAUUUGGAGAGGAUGAAAGCCCUUCGGACUCUAGCGGAUUCCGAGGAUAAUUCGGCCUUGGACAAGGAAUGGAUCCAGAUUCGCGACACGUUGCGCGGAGAAUUCUGGGCUCGUCAGGACCUGGACACGCUUGCCCGUGCACCGCUCGCCAUGCCGGAGUCUGAUGCCGUUGGUUCGUCAGAGUCAGUCACAGCUAUGUCUCUGCUGUUGUUCAAUGCCACAGUCCGGAUCAACGCGACCAAAAUUGGGGACCGCAACGUCGUGCCCUUUAUGUGCUUUGUCUUGAGUUUCCUGUUAUCAUCAUCAUACGUUGGGCAUCCUAUAGUUUACAUAGAAUCUUACGUCCCGUGGGCUAGUAUCGUGAGGUUCCUCAACACCUUAGGGCGAUCUGGGAUCGACGAUCAUCGGGUCGAGACUGAACAGUUUCCCAUGCCAACAAACGGCUCCGGAAGACAGCUACCGGAAGACUUCUAUGCUCGAGGUGCGAUCUGGGCUCAGCAUGUCUUCCCUGGUGACUUCUUCCGGGUUCAUUUGACGGACGAAGAUGAGCGAUGCCUGGAGUCGGCGUCGCAUGACACUCCACGAAAUGAACGCUGUCUUUAUCUGGGUAUCAGAUUGGCGAGCUUCGCUCGCUACCUUCGCUAUGAUUCGACAACGAAGUUGUUCUCGGCAACCGCAUUGGCAACUGACCUGGAGUCACGGACCGCUCCUCUAUUCGACGCGCUUGCACGAGUGCCGCAAUAUACGUUGGCUACACAGCCGCACCCAGGAUCUGGUCCGGCAGGAUCAAAUGAUGGAGCGAAUGAUACCCAGACCAUAGGAGCACAGACAGCGGAAGGCGAUCCGGACUACAUGCUCGUUGACAACAUCACCGGCGGCGAUCGAUAA